AUGAAAGCCAUAAAGUCUCAUCCAACUCCACCUCUUCCCAUUCCCACAUCUCCCAACCACACCUCUCCUACAAAAGUACCCUCAAAAUGCAUUUCCUAUAUCCCCCCCUCUCUUUCCUCUUCCUGUCUUCUUCCUCAACCCAACCACCGCCCAUCAAACCCCUCCUCAUUCCGCCCCCCCCCCAAACCCGGCCUUCCCCUCUCCUCAACCGAUAUCGAUACCGCAAUCGAUGAAUUCUGUAGAAAUGGGGCUGAAAUAAAAGGAUAUGGGAAACACGAGGAAAACAUGUAUGAAUUUCCCGCGGAAGGACAACCGCAGUUUUACAAUAAUGAUUUGUAUAAGAUGCAUUUAACGAUGGGGCAGAGACGGUGGAGAAUGGGGGACUGGUGCCUUGUAAAAAUAUGGAGUGGCGUGGAAAAUUGGGAUAUGAUUGGAAAAUGGGUCGAGACGAUUGUCUCUAAGCUUUGGGAAGAAUUUAUCAAGAUUGUGCGGAUGCCACAGUAA